UCAGGGACAGUGAACAGAGUGCAUACUGUGCCAGGCCCUGGGCCAAGCCCCUGCCCUCAGGGGGCUUGCAAUCUAAUGGCGGGGCAUAUAUCUUUCAAAAUGCUGUACAGCCCUGGAGUUCGGCUGGGGGGUAGGGGCGGCCCGAGAGGAUACCGGGGAGGGAAGGCCUGGCUCCCCUCCCCCCUCCUUCCAGGGCUCCCAGCUGCUGCGGGGAGGGGAUCGAGGAAGGGCAGGAAGCCGGCGGCCCCCCCCAACCCCGGUUCCGGCGGAAAGGGGCCGCGGGCGCGGAUCGGGGCAUGUUCUUUCUUUCUCCUCCCAGGCCCUGCGCAGCAAUUAGGAAGGCUGUAAGACCCCGAGGCUCCCAGGGGAGGGAAGAGGGUGGCGGGUUCGAAUGCUGUUCCGAGUGCCUUCCUCUUCUGUAAAAAAAGGGCGUCCUGUCCCCCACUUCGUGGGUCAGGCUCCGCCUCCGGACAACUCCCGCACCCACGAGGAGCUCCUGAUGGGGUAAUCCGGGAAAGCCAGGCUGCCCCUCCCCGCCCCCAGCUGCCUGGAGGGAGUGCGCACGCGUGCAGCCUGCCCCCCCCGGGCGGGGGGGGUGGUGGCGGUGGGGUGGUGUCCCGGGGGCGGAGCCUCAGGCUCUCCCCCUCCUCGGCUCGGCCCCGCCCCUUCCCAUUCCCCAAAAGGAGCCCGGGCGGUGCUGCGGAACCCACGUGCACAGGGCCUUGUUUCCGGGCGGUGGGUGUGAGCACGUGACGGACCCGGCCGUUCCGGAGGCUCAGCAUGGUGGGCAAAGUGAGGCGGCCUCGGGCCCGGCUGCACGCAGCCGCGGUGAAGACGGCCCGUCCGGCCCCGAGCGCCAAGGAGGCAGAGGCAUCGGUGGCGGCGGCGGCGGCGACGACCACGACCGCGGAGGUGACAGCAUGGAGUGGAGCUGGGGGGACAGGACUGGGGCUUGGUGACCUCGGACAUCUUUGCUGGGACCACGAUCGACCCAAAGGCAUUGGUUCAGAAACUGGACUCGGACAUGAGAAGCAUCAUCUCUGCUGGAGCAGGGUCCUGGGGAGGGAGCGUCCUCAUCCGGCCUGGAAUGUGUGCCCAAGGCCAGUGCCAAGAACGAGUCCUGUAAAAGAGAAGCAGCAGCUGUGAUCUGGCAAGCCCUGGAGAGGCCGCAGGCCAUUUUUGUUUUUGUACCUCCCCUAUUUUCCAGCGUAGCCCUCUCCCCCAGUCUGAUGUCAUCUGCAGGCUCUCCCUCUGCCAAGAGGGAGAGUGGAUCGCCAUGGCUGUUUUACCGUCUUUGUGGACUUUGCUUGGUACCACUGCCCGUCCCUCCGCGGCCUCUCUCUGAUCAUCACAUCCACAGGAAUGUGGCCUGACGUUCACGGACCACAGUCUGUUCACCCGCCGCCCCCAUCGAUGGGAACCUUCCUGUCUUCCGCUGCUUUGCCACCACAGAAGUAUCAGGAGGAACGUCUUGGUGCCUCUGGGACCUUUCCUUGACCUCCUUGGGAUAAAGGCCGCAGCGGGAUGUUCCUGCUUUUCUGGUGACCUCUGUGGGUGACCUGACAUCCCCUCUUCAUCCAGAGCUUAGUGUGGUGUGUGGUGGAGGAGCCUUGUGUGAGCCUGGCUGCCGCCUGGCCGUUCUGCAGGGUCUCGGUGCGCUAAUGAGCAGGUGCUGAAGCAAAGCCUGUUUUGUCCAAGAAAGAGAAGAUGAAGCUGCGACGGGCCAGGUGGCUCCAGAAAAUAGAUGCGAUCAAGGCGGCAGAAGAGACUCGCAAGGCGGAGGCGAGACGGAAGGCCACAGCCGUCGUGGGAGACCUGCACCCCCUCAUGGAGGCCUUGCCUGAGCUUUCGGAGCUGGUGACAGCCGGCCAGUCCAGGAGGAAGGUCAAGAGGUGUGUGCACGGUGCCCCAAGGCAGAAGGCUGAGCCCACAGAUUUCAGCCGCAUGACUCCGGCCCAGAAGCGCAAACUCCUAGAUGAUGAGAUGGUUCGGUUCCAGGAGGUAGUCGCCAGCCCUUCCUAUCAAGCUGACCCUCUGAGAGCCAUCGGCGAGCAUCUCUCCAAGAGGCUGAGACAGGAGGAGGGCAGGAGGCUCUAGGUCCAGAUGGCGGAGGCGGAGGCCGGACUCUUGUGUCUGUGUGUGGAGGCUGUGCCUGACUCCGGAAUGCCUAGGGCUCCUUGUGCCCCUGACCCUCCAGCAAGGGAGGGCGGCAAUGGUGGCCCAGUCCCACCUACCUCACAGGGAUGUUGUGAGGGGCAGCCAAUAAAGUGACCUCAGGGCUUCGGAAA